ACCAUAUGAGGAUAUUGGGGAAGGACAAUGUGUGAUGAAGCACUGACUUACAGAAUUAACCAUAGUUGCAAAAUAAUGUAAUUUGUAAGGAUUACAUUAAAAAUCAAACCUGAACAGGAGUUAGGAAGUAAGAACAGUUUAAAAAUGAACAAAAAUAUGUGGGAUGACAGUGUUAAGUAUGAUAGCUGUUUAGAAGAAGAAUUGUUUUUUUUCUUGCUGACUAAAGGUUUCAACCAACAGGUAGUCGAAGUGGUGCUGAAUUCAUUAGCUACAGCCUUACCUGUCCUCCAACCACUGUGCUUACACAUCCUAUCAAGCAAAGGAGAUCAAGUGGACGGAGGAGCUGACAAAUGGCAGCAGAGUUCAGAUGGACGACGCCUAGUGGAGCUCCUGGAAAAGCUACGAGAAUGCAAGGAUGACGAGCAGCAGCGUUCUUGGCAUUGCAUGAAGAUGAGCACACCAUCACUACUCAUCUAUCCGAUCUACUUGAUUUCCAAUAACAUCAUAUAUGAUUUGAAAGAAAUAUCAUCCCACUUUUCAGAUGAAACUAACACAGGAGACCUGAUGGUGUGUCGAAGUGUUUUGUCCCUGGAUGAUUUUAGACCUUUGUUGACUCUGGUACAGUACUACCAGAUGGAAACAAGGUGGCCUCUUCGGAAACUCCUGCUGCAAGUCUUUGGUGCUGUAUGUCAGAUGUCGGCAGCAAAUAUUUCUUAUCUCUCUGCUUCGGUGUUCCCAGUUGAACUUACAAGGGAACUGCUUGACAGCACAUACGACCAGGAGCGGCUGAGGUAUACUUCCUUGGUGCUCGGAUGGUGCUGUGUAUGGGGGAUACUCUACCGUAUCCUCAUUUCUUACCAUGAGGAUCCUGACACAGAACAGCUGGCAGAGUUGUAUCUAGCCAUAGUUUUGGCCUUCAAUCUCCAAUAUACAACGCUCCCGCCAUCAGCAGUAAAUCCGCCAAAAUCUUGUGAGACCACAGAGGAAGGGGAAGGUGGAGUUAAAAGUCAGGCCAAUGGAGACCUUGAGGAGAAUAAGGAUGCCACGAAAACUGCAAUGGGAGCUGAUUCCGAGAAUAUAAUCAUCAAGUUAUUAUCAAAGAGGGAAAAUACAAAAGUACUUCACAGAGAAGCUUCUGCUGUUGUCAAUAGAGAAGAGGAUCCAUUAGCCAUGUUCGACCACGAGCCUCGGCCACCUCAUUCAGUAUUGAAAAUGAUGAGAGAUAUGUAUUCCACAAGGGCUACUGCUUCAAUCUUCUACACAAAUGAUGAAUGUGUUCUGUGUGAUAUUAUCAUAAGACAAUUGUCGACCUUCCUGCAGAUGAUAAGGUCACUGCAACAAAUAUCAAAGAAAAAGGCUGAACAUGUGAAUUCUCAGCAGUGA